AUGGUCAUUUUUUCAAAUGAUGUGUUACUUGGCCGAAGCCUUGAUGAAGAGAAAGCCAAUAGGUUGUAUGGUGGACAACUUUUGCAGUGUUUUCGUGUUGCUAUUUUCACGUUCGUUAAUAAGCCCACUAAUAUUUUUUAUGACGUUGUUUCGACUGCGGAAGACCGCCAGACUAUUUUGGCCCUACUGAGUUUUCCCAAGUUAAACACAGAUCUGUUUUUUCCAUACUACGUCGGCCAUUUGUCACCGUUAAUUCUCGUCAAUCUCAUAAGCAUACUGUGUUUGGUCACUCAACACGCGUACGAGGACAUAAACAGGGAAUUAGAGGAACUGUGCCACGUCCAAUCAAAAUCUGAACAAGUAUUGCGACUAUCGGCGUUAAUGAAUGAUCAUUGGUUUUUAGAAGAUUAUGUGGAAAAUUUGUCUAAUACGUUCGGACCGGAAUUAAUGUUUGUUAUGAUGGAUACUUAUAUGCAAAUGUUAGUGUCUUUAUAUGUCAUGAUUUGGGAGUCUAUGAUUCGUGAAGUGUCCAUAAUAAAAGGAUACAGUGCCGGACAGCUUUUUUUUAGUAUAGCUAAAUUUUUUUACUUGUGCUACAGAUGUGGAUCGCCAAUUAAAACGAGCGAACGAACAAUUUUUCACUUGCAGCACUUGAGUUUCGCAUUGCAUAGCGAGUCUGCUAGUCAAUCGAUCCUCAAGAUUUUUACAAUUCGCGUGAACAGACGCCAGGAGAGGGUGACUGCUUCAGGGUUCUUCGACAUAAAUAUGUCACUUACAGCAGGAGUUGUGCUGACGUACUUUUUGGUACUUAUACAAAUUCAAUCGGAGAACUACAAAUUUUCGAUCAAAAGUAAUGUUAACACUUCAGCUGUACCGUGCGAAAGAUGGCCUUGCCUUAUAACAAAGACUUGAGCAAAAUAGAUAUAUUAUUAGAUUCCUUUUAAGAUGUAUGGCAUUCAUUACUUAGCUUU